AGAAUAAUUUGAUCGUCAUGGCAACGGGCAUUGCGCUAUAGGACAACAAUAGUAGAGGCAAUUGGAUGUGAGAGAAAGUGUUUUUAGUAAGCAGGAUGGCCGAUCCUUCUGAAAAAGUUUUGAUAACUGAAGUAGAACAGCAGUUCCAAGCUCAGGAUGCCCGUGUCCCUGUUUAUGAAGAUCCCUUUGACCGUUCUGUUAAAUACAUGGAGAAGCACAACAUCCUUCAGAUAUUUCAGGAGAUUACAGAAAACCUAGUGUAUACAAGACCUCAGGAUCCUCUCCAGUUCAUGUUAGAGCAGGUAAGAGGUCCAAAUGAUGAUCCAGUGUAAGAAAGAAGAUGAUACAAGUAAAUAAGUAUAGAACACAGGGGUCUCUGAAUUUACUAUCAAGGGAGCAGUGAAGGAUUCAAGAGGCAAUGCCUUCCCCACUUUACUCUGACCUGCAUGAUGAUGAUAGCAAACAACUGAAAUAAAUAUUUCUUAUUUACAAAAAAAAUGCUAAACCUUUUGUUUCUGGCAAGUUUUAUACUGCAUUUGCAUUUUUAAAUUCACAACUGUUAUUUAAACCUUGAAAUUAUAAAGCUACAAAAUUGUGAGAUCAGCCUUUUGCUAAUUUAAGGUUUUGAAUAGUACUGUUUUGAAACUGAAGAAAUAUGUUUUUGAUAAUAACCGUAUCCAGUCCUGUAUGGUGUAUUUCCUGCUUUUGUUCUCAGAUGUGAUUGUUUUAGCAACUUCAGAAAAUGCAAGUUCUUCCUAAAGUGUUUUGAAAACACUGAGUACUUCAUAUGCUGUACAUGCCUUUUAUAAUGAUGAAAGAGUUUAUUUGACUGGAACUGGCUGGUGGUCUCCACCCCCCCUCCAAAUAGCAAACAUUCAGCAUUCACCUUUUUAUUCACAUACUAUAAACAUUUAUGUUUUCUCCUAAUGUUCAGAGUUCCUGAAGGUCUUAAAAAAUUGAGGUUGGUUAGGGAAUGUUUUUUUUUUUUUGCUAAGUAUUAAGUUGUUGAUAUUUCCUUUUUUUAUGCUGUCACUCAACUGCAAGGCUGAAUGUUAAACAACCGACUUAGAAGAUAGACCCUUCCAGAGCUGACUGCCUAUGGAAUAAGGUUAGACCUUCCACAGCUUCUAUCUAACAAUCGUUUUUAAGGAAAAUUAUUUUGUAUACUUUUACAGGGCAGAAGAGACAUGCUGAAUGUCUAAUGUAUUUUAAAGGUCUUUAAUUGCAGAUUAUUUCAGGAGGUCAUUUUUUUUUUGUUUUUUUUUUUUUAUUUAACCUUGUUCAAACUAGAGGAAAAGGAUUACGCUAUAUUAAGAAGGAAACUGAAUACACUUGAUUUCUGUCAAGCCUAUGAGAUAAUGAUCAGCAAAAGGAAGUAUCUGCACAUAUACCACUGUUUCAUAGAACUUCCAAACAUUGGUCUUAUUUCUUGCUUACUUGCUACAGAUAUAAUUCUGCUUGUUACUGAGAUGCUGGCAAACCAUGAGACUGUCCAGUUUUAAGCUUAAAUGUCCACUUUCUUCUGGUGUCUGCCAGGUGUCAUUGUACACAAUGUAAGUUAGUAUUCUUCUAAGCACAUCUAGAUCACUCAUUGAGGCAAGGAUUCCCCUAGUCUACACCCUUCUUAUAUAAAGGUCAAGUGCAAUCAAUAAUAAAAUAUCUAAUUAGAAAAAAAAUACAGGAACUCGCAUCAGCAUGAGGCUAGAUUCCAGUCAUCUUAAUCUGCACUAUUCACAUAUGCUUAUUGUGUGUACAGUCUUCAUUAAUGUUUUGCAUAAAAAAGAUAAAUGCAAACCUUGUCUAUGUGUUACUAACACAGACAUUGCUCAGUCACGCAUUCAUUCUACAGAAAAUAUCAAUUUUCCAACAGAGAAGGUAGAAAAGAGUGGCAAAGGGUAGAAUAAAAGGAAGAAACUGAAAUUAAACGUGGAAGGAUUUAAAAAAAAUUAAGAAAAAUUGGAGACAGACAGAAGCUGACAACUUGGUUCAAGGUGUGGAAGCAACAAAGAGAGCUGGGUGGGAAUUGUAUGCUUGCAAAUUAAAUAAGUGAUAAAAACUGUGAGAUUAAAAACACUUAAUGGUGAUGAUCGUUUGUUUGUAACAACUGAUAGAGCAAACAUUACUGAAUUAAAAGUGGGGAAUUCCUCAGAUCUGGUCUGAAAUCAUUGGAGAUUGUGUUAUUAAAGGAACUGAUACUUAAAUUUGCAGAGAAGAUAAUGAACAUUAAAUAAUGUUGUGCUUACCAGCGGUAAAAGUACAGGAUGUUUAAUAGGAUAAUGGAAGUGCCUUAAUGUAAGGAAGUAUGGAGCUGUUUUUCUUCAUGUUGGUGCAAGUGAUCUUAUCUUCAAGGACUCUCUGACUUCUGUAGGGAAUUUGCAGCCCUCUUAGAUAGCAUAGCUUGUACAGGUAUUAGCAUGCAUUUUUCACAAAUCACAUAUAGAAAGGAGAAUCAAGUCAGCGUGAAUGAAAAAAAUGUUUUGGCUAAAUAGCUACAUGAAAAAAUGGCCCAUUUUAAAAGUGGAAAUCUAUGGAAUAUCCAAGGCUAAUUUUGGACACAUGUACUUAGGACAAAGUUCAUUGUCAAGGCAAGGGAGGACAAUUUUUGCAGCAGAUGUAUUGCAAUAUUUGAGUAACUCAAGACAGGAUUUUUGUCAGAUCAAAUAUUUAACAGUUCAUAGCAAAAUUUGAUACAUCUGUUUUGGUUUGAUGUAUUUGUGCUGGUUGUUAAUGCUAGGAACAUUAGUAAUAAAGUUUUUUAAUGGAAAAUUUG